AUGAAAAGAAUUCCCUAUGCAAAUGCUAUUGGAUCUGUUAUGUUCUUGAUGGUUAGCACUAGGCCUGAUAUUGUCUAUGCUGUAUCUUGUCUUAGUAGAUAUAUGUCUAAUCCAGGUCCUGUUCAUUGGGAAGCUCUGAAAUGGCUUCUUAGAUACUUGAAGCAAACUGCUAAGUAUGGUUUGUGCUAUUCUAAAUGUGAUGAUGGUGUUUUACUAACUGGUUUUGUGGAUUCCAACUAUGCUAAUGACAGAGAUAAGAGGAAGUCAACCACCUCCUAUGUAUUUUCAGUGUGUAGGUCUUGCAUAAGCUGGAAAUCACAACUGCAGCACAUUGUGGCUUUGUCCACCACUGAGUCAGAGUAUAUUGCCAUCACUGAGGCAAUGAAAGAGGCUGUAUGGUUAAAGGGAGUACUUUCUGAACUCAAGUUUGUGAAAUCCUCUCCUGUGUUGUUCUCUGAUUCUCAAUCUGCUAUUCACUUAUGUAAAAAUCCUGUUUUUCAUGAUAGAACAAAGCAUAUAGAUGUAAGGUUUCAUUACAUUAGGGAUGUUGUAGAAAAGGGUGAAGUGUUUCUUCAAAAGGAUAGGUUGCAUGUCCCGGGGAAAGACCUCAGCCACCUUAUCAGCUGUGGUAAGGGUGGUAGGUGGCUGGAGGCAUGA